CUAAAAAGUAACCCCGGAAAAAAGCUCCCGUUUCUUUCCGCCAUUGCCCCUGCUCGAAGCUUUCAAGCUUCAGGAGGUGAUUCUAAUUACACUGCAAGAUGAGAAUAGAAACGUGCUGGUUCUGUUCUUCUAAGAUAUAUCCUGGUCAUGGUAUUCAGUUUGUCCGCAACGAUGCAAAGAUUUUUCGAUUUUGUAGAUCCAAAUGUCAUAAGAACUUCAAAAUGAAGAGGAAUCCUCGAAAGGUCAAAUGGACCAAAGCCUAUCGCAGAUUGCACGGAAAGGAUAUGACUCAGGACUCUACUUUUGAGUUUGAGAGAAAGCGAAAUAGGCCAGAAAGAUAUGACCGAACUCUUGCUGAGAAUACAUUGAAGGCAAUCAAGAUUAUCGACAAGGUCAAAAAUACCAGAGAGAAGCGUCAUAUUGAGAAGAGAUUGAAGCCGGACAGACGUAGAGAAAAUUUGAAAGCACGAAAAGAGCUGAAUAUGAGCAUCGAUAUGAUCAAGGCCCCCAGUGUCCAAAUACAAGAGCCUUCUCUCACCCUACCCAAGAUCAAAGUCAAAACUUCAGAGCCACAAGAAGAAAAUCGUGCUAUGGAAGAGUGAUUGCAAGUAUGGAUAUAGUCAUUUACAUACCGUGCUUCGAUUUGGUAGUAGCUUUUAUAGAUCUUGUUAUGCCCUAUGCAUUAUGGAUCUGUAGGUUUUGCGGUGAGUGAUUGCUUUCGUUCUGUUUCAUCACAAACAAGCAUGAUGUUGAACAUGUUUAGUAGUUUUUUUAGUUAAAUUA